AUAGAUUAAUAAGAGGGGUAAUUUGAUCGUUUCAAAAUAGUCGUGAGAAGAAGAGGGAAGAGUUUUUUCGGGGAGAAUUAGAUUACAACUUCUAAAUCGGGGGAGUCUGAGGAAAUAGAGUGUAAGUUGUGUGUGUGUGUGUGUGAGAGAGAGAGAGAAAAAUUGGGGAAGGAAGAGACGGGCAAACAGGCUUCGCCCUAAAAAUCUUGGGCCGUGCGAGGCCCGUUUUGGUCCCUCCUGCAUCAAGGCAAUUAGCAGAUAAGACCCAAGCUAAAUUUCUUCACAGCAACACAUGAAGCGGGAGAGUUCUCCACCAACUUAACGACUCCAGUGUCCGACGCAUCUAAAGCGGAUAAAGAUAAUAGAUUACAGAUGAAAUCAUGAAAUCCCAAAUUCUCCAAUCAAUUUCAGCGUAAACAGGAGCAGGUAAGUAGCUUUUGGCGACGCUCUCCGUCACUGAUUUUUUUUUCAUUCUCUCUCUCUCUCUGUGGAACUCAUCAAGUUCUUCAUGGAACCCAAAUUCUUGUUUUCUUCACCCAAUGCUUCUUCUGCUUCACCAUUUCCUCUCUUUCUCUCGUACCCAUCAUCUUCAUUUCGUGAAAAACUCAAAUUCUCUGUAAAAGGGCAUAUCUCAUUCUCUACUCACUUGUCGGAUAAGACUUCGUUUUUGGGUAAAAGUUUGGUUUCAUGGGAGAAGCUUGAACUGGGUGACCGGAGAAAAACCCAUCUCCCAUUUCAUCCAAUAACAUCUGUCGUGAAGAGAAGGAAGGAACUUCCCCUGGACAACGUUAUCCAACGAGACAAGAAGCUGAAACUGGUAAUGAAGAUAAGGAAGAUUUUAGUGAGCCAACCCAAUCGCAUUAUGGCGCUUAGAGAUAUGGGUAGGUACAGACAGGAACUGGGUCUCAACCGAAAGCGUCGACUUAUUGCUUUGUUGAAGCGAUUUCCUGCGGUUUUUGAGAUUGUGGAAGAAGGGGUUUAUUCACUUCAGUUCAAAUUGGCCCCAGAGGCUGAAAGGCUUUACUUGGAGGAAUUGAAAGUGAGGAAUGAAAUGGAAGGAUUGCUGGUUGAGAAGUUGAGGAAAAUCUUGAUGAUGUCUUUAGAGAAGCGGAUUCUGUUAGAGAAGAUUGCGCAUUUGAGGACUGAUCUUGGGCUGCCUUUAGAAUUCAGGGACACAAUCUGUAGAAGAUACCCCCAAUAUUUCAAGGUUGUUCCUACUGGUAGGGGCCCUGCUUUGGAACUUACCCACUGGGAUCCUGAGCUGGCUGUUUCUGCUGCUGAAAUUAGUGAAGAAGAGAUUCGAGCAAGAGAGAGAGAAGAAAUGGAUUUGAUCAUCGAUAGGCCCCCCAAGUUCAAUAGAGUAAAGCUACCCAAGGGUCUGAACGUCUCCAAGGGAGAGAUGAGGAGGAUUUCUAAGUUUAGAGAAAUGCCUUAUAUAUCUCCCUACUCUGAUUUUUCAGAAUUGAAGUCUGGUACACCAGAGAAAGAGAAGCACGCAUGUGCUGUUAUUCAUGAGAUGUUGAGCCUCACGAUUGAGAAGAGAACACUUGUGGAUCACCUGACUCAUUUCAGAGAGGAGUUUAGGUUCUCUCAACAGCUGAGGGGAAUGCUGAUCAGACAUCCUGAUAUGUUUUAUGUAUCUUUGAAAGGAGAUAGGGAUUCAGUUUUCUUACGGGACGCCUAUCGUGAUUCUCAGUUGAUCGAGAAGGAUAGAUUAUUGCUAAUCAAGGAGAAGCUUCGGUCACUUGUUGCAGUUCCUAGACCCCGAAGUCGGGGUGCUCCUAAGGUUGAUGCAGGUAAUGGUGAUGGGGCUGAAGGUGCUCAGAAGUCACAAGAAAGUGGUGAAGAGUGGUCUGAUGUUGGUGAUGUUGAUAAUAUAUUAAGCAAUGAGUUUGAUGAUGAUGAUGAUGAGGAGGAGGAGGAGGAUGACUGGAAUGAUGAAGAUGAUGAGACACCCCCAGAUUUUGAUGAUGAUGAUGAUGAUGAUGAUGGUGGAAGCAUAAUUCUUGAACGGACCAAAGCACCUAAUAAAGCUGAGACCUCAAUGCGAAAUGAAGGGAAGGUACUUGUUCCCACAUUCCCAGAUGGUCAGCCAAGAGAACGGUGGUGAGAAGAGUGAAAGGAUUCUGUUUUUUCUUUAGAUUUUGAAGUUGUCAUUCCAGGAUAAUGUGACUCAGAUGCUUUUGAAUUACAUGUUGCUGAAAUAUGACACGAUGGUUGGUUGUCCUUGAAUGAGUAUCAUCCAUUUUACUUCUUUGGGGGGAGGUGUUUUGGCCUCUCUAACAAUGUAAGCUCAAGAUGUUCAGCCUCGCCUUCUUAUAUGAGUAGUGUUUGAUAUCUGAGAUAAAAUUAUUUCAAAAA